AUGUCGGAAUCUCGUCAUCUACCGAGUAGUACCGAAGCAGGCCCGUCACGCCAUCCAACGCUGCUGAAUCUGUCGACGCCAUCGGCCUCCUCCCCCUCCACCUCAUCGUCGACGACGUCCUCUCCGGCUCGCUCGGCCACGUCCACGUCCACGCCCGCACCAUACGCCCCGAUCAGCACCCACACCGAUGGCUCGAUCACCCACCCCGGCUACGGCUCCAUCACGACUCCUUUGUCAACGACCUCGUCCCUGUCUUCGGCGUCGUCCUCGAUCGUGUCGCGCCAGUCCUCGAUCCGGUCCACCUCGUCCGUCGUCGCGGUCCCGAUCCGCAAACCGAUACGAGGACCGUCCGCGGCCUAUGGCGCAUCCCCACCGACCCCGAUGCCGAACCACCCCCAUUUCUCCUCCGAUCAGUACUCUCACUCGAGCCUGUACUCGAUGCCGAUGGCGAGGAACAGUUCGAGCGGAUCGAAUCACUCGGCCCAACUCGUCGGCGAGAAUUUUGACUCGGGAGACUCCGUCGUCCCCAUCCCCACCGGCAGCGGAGACAAAGCCGAGUGUUUUGACGAGCCCCCCCACCGAGACUCGACCGUUUCGACACCCCUUGGGUUCGACCUCACCUCGGGCCUACGCGACCUCACUGUAGCCGACCUGCGGACGCCUUCCUCUUCGGCUACUCCUCCCGGGCCUUCACGUUCUUCGACCGCUCGCGCCUUCGUUGGCGUAGGAACCGCAGUCACCCCGACACGUCAGUCUUCUCAACUCGGCACCUCUCCAGCCUCGAUGAUGACGAUCAAGCAACCCUCACCCCAAUCGAACCCGCUGCCGAUCCCACCGGCCCUCCAGAUCGCCAGGCCGAGCUGGGAUCGAGCCUCGUCUUCCACCUUGAGCGAUCAGCCGGCCUUGAGGAAAGUCGACUCCAAGGACCCCUCCUCAAACCCUUCCGUCAUGGUCGUACGCAAGACACCGCAGGAUUUUGUCUUUGGCAAGACCCUAGGACAGGGAUCGUAUUCCACCGUCAGUGCUUUCGUCGCAGCGCGUAAGCAACCGCAAGCUGUCAUGCUCAUCCCAGCUCUGCCAACCCCCACAGGUCUCGCUCGUCACGGACAAGGUUGCACCACAUCACCAGUACGCACUCAAGGUGCUCGAUAAGGAACACAUCAAGAGGGAGAAGAAGACCAAAUAUGUCUUGAUCGAGAGGGACACCUUGAAGGCGUUGGAUGGCCAUCCGGGCAUCGUCAGGUUGUACUGGACCUUUCAGGAUGUACAUUCACUGUGUGAGUCGUGGGAAUGAAAGUCGAAUUGUGCGUGAGUCUUGUACUGAGCAAUCAUGGUCGAUUGUAGACUAUGUCCUCGAGUUGGCCAAGAAUGGCGAAUUGCUCAAAUGGAUCAAAAAAGUGGGCGCAGUGCUCAUCUCUUCUUUCCCUCAAGACCAUGCUGACGAACUUGUUCAUGCCGCAUCAGUUUGGUUCAUUCUCACUCCCUUCGGCAAGGUUCUAUGCUGCGCAGCUCUUGAGCGCAAUCGAACACAUGCAUUCGAGAGGGGUCAUCCAUCGCGAUCUCAAACCGGAAAAGUGAGCGGUUGCGCAAGCGGAGAUUUCCCAAGGCAUCACUGGUUGACUUUCUCCCCUUUGGCGGUGUGUUCCCACAGUAUCCUGCUGGACGUCGAUAUGCGCAUCAAGGUCACCGACUUCGGGACAGCCAAGUUGUUGUCGGACACGACCGAGCCGGAACCUACGCCUGAACAAGCUUCCAAUCCAGGUUCGUUGAAGGCUUUGUAUCUGUCCCCCGGUCCAACAUCGUCCCAGGUCCUUAUGUUCUCAGAUCCCUCGCAGAUAACCUAAGUAAACGCGCGCGUUCGUUCGUCGGCACCCCCGAAUACGUUUCGCCCGAGAUCCUUUCGUCCGGUAAAGAAUCCUCGCGCCUUUCCGAUUAUUGGGGAUUCGGUUGCAUUUUGUACCAAAUCAUCGCCGGCCGACCCCCCUUCCAAGCCAAAACGGACUAUUUGAUGUUCCAAAAGAUCAUCGGCUUGGAGUACGAAUUUCCUUUGGGUUUCGACGAAAAGGCCAAGGACCUGGUCGAGAAUUUGUUGGUGCGUUACAUUCCUAUCCUAUUCUUGCUUCAGCAGCGCGUCGUCGUCCCCCGAAAUCUUUCAAUGACGUCUGGUUGAACCUUUCCUAUUGUUUCUAUGGUGUUUUUUUUAAAGGUCGUCGACCCUACCCAACGACUCGGUGCCACAGCCGAAGGUAUUCAAGCCAUCAAAUCGCACCCCUUCUUCACCUCCGAACCCUCGAUCGAUUUCUCGACCAUUUGGACCGUCACGCCACCCCCGAUCGAAACAGGUUUGGUGCAACCCAAGCUUGGACCAGCACCGAAUCGAGGAGGGGAAGGGGAAGGGAUGAAUAUGCAAGCUGUAGAUGAUUUGCUGGGUGGGUUCGGUAGUGAUGGGUUGGAUGAUGAGGAUGAGGAUGGGGACGGGGAUGGGGAAGGUUCGGUUUCAGGACCGGAUGAAGACGAAGACCAGGACGAUUUCACAGCCGAUACGAGCGGUCCGGACAAGAUGACAUCUCAAACUACCCAACUUGCGACGAGGACGACCCAUUCGAAUGCGAACCCACCUCACCCAACGACGAAAUGGGGUUCGAUCCUCCAACCGUCCGAAACAAUCCUCCUCACCUCACCGAUCCUGACCAAACGUUCCCUGAUCAAGAAGAAACGACUUCUCUUGUUGACGAGCACGGACCGGUUGUUGUGUUUGAAGGAAAGUUGGGACAAGGUAACGAUCAAGCAUGAGGUGUGGUUGGGAAAGGCUCUCAAAGGUGGGGUCGAUAAGAUCGGUACGGUGGGGUUCGUCAAGGCGGAGAGGGAGGGGGAGAAAGGGUUCCUAUUGAGGACGGUACGUCGAAUCCCAAGUCCAAGGCUUCUCCUGACUCGCGCAUAAAGCUCAUAUUGCUUUGGAUGCAUCUCAAACAGUCCCACACAACACUUAAGUUCGAAGAUCCCUCCGGUGGCGCAGCGCGAUGGGUCCAAGAACUCAACCAAGCCCAUACACUCGGACUUCAAGCCAUGUCAAAGUGA